AUGACGGACGGAAUCAUCAGGGGAUACGGAAGACAACCUCGCAACCUGGCCGAGCUCCUAGCCGACCUGACCCGCCGGGACCGUGGCGGUGACCUGGAAACCCGCUCCGACUCAUCCAAGAGCUCUGUCGCGGAGGCCGCUAUACUACCAUCAGCGCCAAUCGUUGUUCCUGGGGGGAUUAUCAACCCGGUCGCGGGGAGACCGGCGGCCCCCGUCAUUAGCAUUCCAGGAUUCGGAACCGUCCCUUCUAAUGGCAUCCCCGCUGCUCCGACCGCACCGCUUCUACCGUUACCACGCCCCUCGCGGGCACCAUCAGCUUCUCCACAGCCCUCGAGACCACCUGUUGCGCCGUCUCAGUCCCCAAGGCCAUCCGCAUCUUCCCUGCCGCCAAGUCAACCUGCCGCACCGUCGUCACAGCCUCCGAGACAACCUGCCACACCGUCGUCACCACCCCCGAGGGAUUCUGCUACACCGUCAUCACCGCCUCCGAGGCAACCUACUGCACCGCCAUCACAGCCUCCUAGGGAAUCUCCUACACCGUCGUCACCACCCCCGAGGGAUGCUGCUACACCGUCAUCACCGCCUCCGAGGCAACCUACUGCACCAUCAUCACCGCCUCCGAGGGAAUCUCCUACACCGUCGUCACCACCGUCGAGGCAGCCUGAACCCACCAGGCCGCCGGUGAUGGCACCGGUACAGCCGAGUCUACCUCCUACCGAAAACGUACCGGUCACUAGCCAAAUACCUUUUAGCAGCAUGCUACCGAGCAGCAAUGCACCGGUCGCCCCGAGUGAGACAGAUGGGGCUGUUGCUUCACCGGGAAGAGAGGCCUCCAUGGACGGGCGGUCUGCCAACAAUGGAUCGCGGCAGAUUGCCAUCCUAGCCAGCUCGAUUGUUGGCGCCAUGCUGCUGGCAGGUCUUGUAGCAAUGUUCUGUAUACGGAAAAACAAAAAGGAAAGAAAGGCUCGCGAGGCACACGCUGGCGCGUUGCCAAAGCACGCCAAGGCCGGGUCCAUCUCGGGGUCCAUCUCGUACCCAGUCCAAGAGGGAGGUAGCUCAGGCCCCUGGACGCCACCGCUGAGAAAGCCGACCGAUGCGACUCCUAGGGCUGCGCCGGUGGCAGCCGCAGCUUGGCCAAUGGGCCAGACCAACAGCCGCAACUCGAUGGAGUCAGGGUCCCUCGACGACAAGCAGUACCUUGCCUACCAGAACCUAGUCGGUAACGCCGAGAACCAGAUCACGCCUCCGCCAGCAGUCGCACAGGGCCCAGCGUCACGGAUGCCCGGUUCACGGGACACUCGAUAUCUGUCCGCUUCGUCUGCCGACCCUUACGAGCAGAUCAACGGGCGAUACAGCGAGUGGCCGGCAAUGCCUUCGGUCCCGAACCCCGACGGUGGCGGUAAUGCCCAGAACCAGGUUACGGUUCCGAUAGGCUACGCGCAAACGACAGCAGCCCAGCCACCGCAACAGCCUCGCAACAUGGAUCAGUAUGCGCAGACGGCUCGAAUUAAUCAACACUAUUCCGCGGCGGAGAGACAGAUGUUUGCGCCCUCGUACCACCAGCCGGGGGUUCAACGUGCUUCAGUAGCCCCGCCUAGUCCGUUGUUCUUCAAGCUAGACAACCAGGGAAACCUUGGGCCUGAGAGCAGGAGGUAA